UGAGAUAUAAAUAAGAUGCAGUGACAGAGCGUAGAUGUAAGUACUACUUCGUGUUUCAGUUGUCACGGAGUUCCCUACUUCGCUGUGAACUGAGGUUAGGUUCCUGUAAAAUCAAGGAUCUAGCGUCAACUGAAGUGUACACAAGGGCAAAACACUGAAAGUUAUUGGUGUAAAGCAAAAACAUAAUGAAGAAGGCACUGUUACUGACCAUAGCUAUUGUUAUUAUAGCGUUUCUCAUACGAAAUUCGGAGGUGUGCCACCCGGCAGCGGUCAUUAUCCCCGUGAUGACCGCGAUAACAACGAUCGCCGUGGUCUCCAUCGCGACAGCAGCGAAUCAGAAUUGGAAAAAGGGAGGAGGGCGGCCACCCCCUGGUACUCCUGACCACCCCCCCUACGUACUGACAUGCCCUCCUGAUAGGUUCUACACGGCAUCACGAGGGCGAACCACCGCUUACACGUCUGCUGAGUUUGUAAGGGCAACGUAUGGGAGUCCGCCGGAACGCGUCCAAGGGCCAGAGCUUGGCGGAGCGCUAGCAGAGGGAGUCUACAAAAUUGUUUACCGCGGAAACGAUGCCCAGGGCAAACCUCACGAUUGCAGCUUUACCGUCACCGUCAGUGUGACAAGGUGUCCAAGCAACAUGACAGCCCCUGAACACGGGGAAAUGGAAUGCGACCCGCCUGGAAACAUCUAUGGCACACAGUGUAACUUCCGGUGCUCCAAACAAGGCUAUGCCUUGGUGAUACCCGGUGAAACCCGAGAUAUAUCAACAGCCAGAACAGAGUGUACUGCAAAUGGGACUUGGUCUGAGAACAUAUCUCCAGUGUGUGUCCAUCGUUGUCCAGAUAUCCCGCCGCCGGGCAACGGGUAUGUGUCAUGCACAGGGAACAAUAAGAUCAUAUGUAGAGCGUACUGUAAUCCUGGUUACGACAACGCCAUGUUUUAUCAAACGGACCGGGGGUUCUACUGGUGCAGCACUGACGACGGGGUUUGGAAACCAUCCCUUACCAUACCGCCGUGUUCCAAAAUGCCGGACGAUUUUCUUGGACUUUUCCAUACAAGCACAUUUAACGUGAGUUGUAAUGAUAAUAGCUCCCUUGCAAAACUAAAAGAGAGUAUGAUUGCUGAACUACCGACUUUCCUGAAGGAUGAAUACCAAGACGUCAUAGAAAAUUUUACUGUGCGCAUCAAUUGUUCCAAAAAUGAAAGGAAAAAGAGAAGUCUUCAAGAACUUGUUGAACACCAGCGCAUUAAUGACAGCGUCCUUGGAGGUACCGGAGAGGGCACUGCCCAGGUUACCAUUGAGGUCCUGGUGAAAAGAAUUCCUACUGCGUCUGGUUUUGAACGCCGCCAAACUCUUUAUGGGAUAUUUUCCGCCCUUAACAGAGCCACCGAAACAGCGUCGAGCAAUGUCGGUAUUUCUAAGAUAUCUAGAUCCAAGUAUGGUAUUGAUAUUCAAUGCAAAGAAGGCACUGUGAAAAGUGACAUUAAUCUCGCAUGCAUCGCGUGUCCACAAGGAACUUAUUACAACUCGACUUCGAAAGUGUGCACGCUCUGCCCCCUUGGCUCGUAUCAAAAUGAGAGCGGGCAGACGUCAUGUAAAACUUGCCCGAACGGAGAGACAACGCUAUUGACAGGGUCCAAACAAAAUGAUGAUUGUAUUAAACGUCGCAUUUGGGGCCCUUGGACAGCGUGGGGCGAGUGCAGUGUCACGUGCGGUGGUGGGCAUAAAAUGAGGACCAGAAGUUGCGUGACAGAUGCGGAAUUCUGUCCGACACCGGGUCAGGUCGAGAAGAAACCAUGUAAUACAGAGCUAUGUCGCUCUUGUGUCCCUUUAGUCGCCCCAAAUAACUCCGCCCUGCAGUGCCAGAAGGAAAAUGACGCCACCACAUGCAGUCUGACGUGUGCUGAUGGUUAUGGCUUCAGCAGUCCAGUUUUGGAGAAGUACACGUGUGGUCCUCUCACAGCGUUCCUGUGGCCACAUCAAACCACGGAUAACCCUAAUGGCACCCUGCCCAACUGUGCUGAGCUAAAGGAAAAUGACUUGCAAUUUUAUCUACAAACAGAGUUUCCAUUGCCAAGGCCAAUAACUUGCGAUUCUCCAGAAUAUUCCGACGCAGCUGAACAAAUAAAGACCCAUUUUGAUACAUUCGUAGGGUCAUCAAUUUGCCACCAGGCUCAAUUGUGUAGUUUCCAGCCCCCGAAAAUCAUUGAAUGUAUAGUAGCUCCUGAUAAUGCAACUUCAAAGUUGACGGUGGGAUCUCACGGAAAAUACCUCGGAACUGACGUGAAGUCACGCGAGGCAAAGCAAGUGUACGACGAAAUGGUCAAACUUGGUCAAGAUUUCAAAUCGAAGGUUGAAAAUGGGGAGAUUGGUAUCAUUAUUGACGGCCAAUUCAUUCCGCCUGAUAUCUCGUCAACACAGGCCACAGGGGGGCGCGGUUGUCCAUUGGGGUCCAUUUUCACCUCCGACUUUUCAGCGUGUGUUGAGUGUCAGCCAGGCACUUUUUACAUGGAUCCAAAACAAUGCUUUCUUUGUGACAUUGGCUUCUAUCAACCGAAUCAAGGGCAGCUGGAUUGCAUUCAAUGCCCCAGUGAUACUUCAACUAAGACUCGCGGUGCCUCUAGCAUCUCUGAAUGCCUACCAAUAAAGGCUUGUGUGGAUCCCGGUGUUCCUCAACACGGGGAGAGAUAUGGGGAUGAAUUUAACCCAGGUAGAACCGUGUACUUCAAAUGUGACGAUGGCUUCAGAAUGGUGGGUAAACCAUCUUUAAAAUGCAUGGACAGUGGAGUUUGGAGUGGAAGUACCCCUAGAUGUGCCAGAGGCGUUGCGCUGUCUUGCGGUUUUGAAGAAGGUGAUUUGUGCGGUUUUAGAACGGAACAGAUUCGCGGAAAUGCAGACUGGACGAGAACAUCGAACUUGGACUUUCCAAGAGAGGGUGAUGACAUCCCCUUGGUCAAUGACCCUGCACCAACACCCAGAGGCAAAUAUUUUAUUUAUUUAAACUAUUCUGGAGAGGACAGUUAUGAUACACUCUCAGCGAGAGCUAGUUCCCCUAUCGUAGAAAGGAGCAGUUCUCAGUGCUUGGAGUUCCAUUUCAGUGCUGGGGUAAAGACACACUGUGCUAAAAAGCAAAAAGCUCCCCCUUCCUUGUCCAUCAAAGUACAAGACUGGGUGUCCAAAAACCAAACUGAACUUUGGAAAUACAAAGUCAGCACAUUUAUAUCCUGGAGGACGAUGGUCAUUCCCCUACCCCAGUCGUUUGAAGCCUACCAAGUCCAAAUUGAGGGGUCACUUUCAAAUGACCCGCAAAUGUUUUUAGCAGUAGAUGACGUCAUCGUUCGAGCCUGUACUCAAGAUGAUGACACUUCUGGAGCUGUGAGUGGACGAUCUGGUGACGUCAUCAGUAGCUGUAACUUUGAUUGGUCGUUCUGCUCUUGGAAAGACUCACAAUAUUGGAAAAUAGUGAGUUCCGAUCCACACAGCCCCCAGAGGAAAAUCUAUGCAGCCCUAACCAAUCAAGAAACCCGUUCAACUUUUGUGGCAUCUAAUCUGGUGUCAGAAAAUAUCACUGGCAACUCUGAUUUCAUGUGUAUACGGUUUAAAUACAUCGUUCACUCGUUUUCACGCCUUACACUUUUGGUUCGUAUGCGAAAGGGGCCUAACUCAUAUUGGUCCUUUUACGUAUGGUCGGACUGUAUACUCACCAUGAAUUGGCAGUUGGGACCGAACAGUGUCACCCCCUGGCGGGAGGCAGAGGUGACUAUACGAUCACCCGGCCAGGCUUUCCAGUUAGUUUUUUCUGGAGUUUUGUUUGAUUGGAACCCGCGACUGCACGAGAUCGGACUGGAUGAUGUGACCGUCAGUCGUGGAGCCUGUGUUUGAGAGCAAUUUGACCGUGAAAACCAACGAACGUAGACAAGGGCGUUCCUUUUCUUUAAAAAGUGGACCUUUUUAUCCCAUAUGCUGACUCAAAUUGCGAAAUGGCAAAGGGUCAUGGUUUGAUUCAAAGUAGACCUUUGCCGGUCAAAAGGGCGAUUCUUUCGACCCCCCCCCCCAAAUCCUGUCUACGGGCCUGUACGUACAAGGGGCUCUCCACAUGGUAGAUUAUUUGAUUAAUUCCUUUUUGAUCUAUUAGAUUGCAUGUUGAAUGUUCGUAGUAAGUUAUGGGCCGAGAACUAUGUAUACGGAAUUUGAUUUCAUAUUCUCUGUAGCUUCAUUUGAGCAUCUUUGCAUUACUUUUGAUUAAUAGCUUUCUUUUCUUUUCUUUUUUUGAAUUAAA